AGAAAUGAUGACGUACUUAACAUUGCCUUUUUGCCAUGUGGUUUUGUUCAAUUGUAAAUAACAGAAUUUCCCAAAGAAUAAUAACCUAAAAUGGGUAAAAAGCCCAAAGUUGGAAAAGCGAGGAAGGAUAAAUUUUAUCAAUUAGCAAAGGAGACAGGAUACAGAUCUAGAGCUUCUUUUAAAUUGCUUCAGCUGAAUCGAAAGUUUGAGUUUUUACAGAAGUCACGGGUAGUAAUAGAUCUUUGUGCUGCACCAGGAGGAUGGCUUCAGGUGGUUUCAGAGAAUACACCUAUAUCCAGUAUCAUUUUAGGUGUGGAUUUGGUGUCAAUCAAGCCAAUUAAAAAUUGCAAGACAUUUCAGGAAGACAUUACAACAGAAAAAUGCAGACAAACACUAAGAAAAGAGUUACAUACAUGGAAAGCUGAUUGUGUGUUGAACGAUGGUGCCCCAAAUUUAGGAAAAAGCUGGCUGCAUGAUGCUUUUCAGCAAGUUUCAUUAACACUACAUGCUGUUAAAUUAGCAACAGAAUUUCUUCGAAAAGGAGGAUGGUUUGUAACAAAAGUGUUCCGUUCUAAAGACUACAACUCUUUAAUGUGGGUUUUUCAACAAUUAUUUGCACAUGUUCAUGCUACCAAACCACAAGCCUCUCGAACAGAAUCGGCUGAAAUAUUUGUUGUAUGUCAAGGAUAUUUAGCCCCUGACAAACUGGAUCCUAAAUUCUUUGAUGCUAAAUAUGUUUUUAAGGAAGUAGAAGAAGAGAAAAAAGCAAGCCUUGAUUUAAUUCACCCAGAAAAAAAGAAAAGAAAUCGUGAAGGAUAUCGUGAUGGAGACUAUACACUAUUUCACACUUUAAAAGUUUCAGAAUUCUUUGAAGCUGAAAAUUAUUUGGAACGAUUAGCUGAUGCCUCUGAGUUAGUUUUAGAUGACGCAAGAAUAGCAAAACAUAUACUGACAACAGAUGAGCUGAAGGAAUGUCUGAAAGAUAUUAAAGUUCUAGGUAAAAAAGAUAUAAAAAAUAUUAUAACAUGGAGAAAAAAAAUUAAGAAAGAAUUUGAAGAUGAACUCAAGCCAGAGGAAGAAAAAAUAGUCGAAGUAGAAGAAGAAAAUGAAGAAGAAGCAGCUCAAGCCAUGAUAGCUGCUUGUAAAGAUGAAGAGCGCCGGAAAGUAAAAAGAAAAUUAAAGAAAAUUAGAGAACAAAAAACCAAAUUAAGACAAAAGAUGGAUUCCAAAAUGGUUUUGCCAUCUGAUAAAAUGAAUCUUGCUACUGACGAUAAUUAUUUUAAAUUAGAUAAAGUCAAGUCAAAAAAUCAAUUACGAGAUAUAGAUUUAGAUGCGGAAGAUUUAGAUAGUGAUGAUGGAGAUGAGGAUGAAAUGAGGAAGAAAGAUAAAUAUUUACAUUAUGAAAGAGAAGAUAAAAGUUACCUUGAUUCUGAUUCAGAUGAACUAGAAUUUGAAGAAGAACCAAAUUUUUCAGAUCAAUCUGAUAAUGAUGAAGUUGUAGAUAGAAAUGAGGAGGAAGAAGAAAAUCCAUUAGUUGUUGAACUGGAACCAGCCCAUGUUGUUGUAUCUCAGAAAACACAGAGUUGGUUUAGUAAGGAAUCAUUUGCUGAUAUUGGUGAAGAAGAUGAGGAAGACGAAGAAUUAGACAAGAUGGUAUCAGAUUAUAAAAAGAAAGGUGGAACUAUAUUAGAAAAUGGAACGAAGAGUGAAAAAAGGAAGAAAACAACAGAAAAUGAAGAUAAACCAUCAAAGAAGAGAAAACAAGAAGAUAGUAAUAUAGCUAAUGAUAGCGGUGUAGAAGAUACUGAUGAGUCAGACUCAUCAGAUGGAGAUGAUUCAGACUCAGAUUCAGAUUAUGAUGAAAUGGAAAUGAAUCAGUUAACUUCAACUACAGCAGUAAAUGGAGAGACUACAAAACAAACAAAGAUAAAAAAUAAAGCUGUAAAAAAUGAUGGUUUUGAAGUAGUUCCUGCUGAAGAUUUAAAGUUAGAUGCUGUUGGGUUAGCCAUUGGUGCUAAAAUGGUUUCAUCUCGUAAAAAGAAGAGAGAUAUUAUUGAUGAUUCAUAUCAUAGAUACAUGUUUGAUGAUGAAAAUCUGCCAUCUUGGUUUGUGGAAGAUGAAGCUAAACAUACAGAAAGACAACUACCAGUAACAAAGGCUGAAAUUGAAGAAUAUAAACUCAAGAUGAAGGCAAUCGAUGCCCAACCAAUAAAAAAAGUUGCAGAAGCAAAAGCAAGGAAAAAGCGGAAGGCAGCUAAAAAGUUGGAAAAAGUAAGAAGAAAGGCAGAGGUUAUUACGGAAGAUGUAGAUGUUUCUGAGAAGGAAAAGUGGCAGCAGAUCAAACAAUUAUAUAAGAAGGCUGGUUUGUUGAAGAAGGAUAAGAAAGAAGUGACGUAUGUCGUCGGAAAGCGUGGUGUAGGAAAGCGAGUUAGUCGACCAUCAGGAGUCACUGGUCCCUUCAAGGUUGUUGAUCCUCGAAUGAAGAAAGAUAAAAGAAAAAGCAAAAUGGCUAAGAAAAAAGGUGGAAAAAAUAAUAAUAGGAAAAGAAGAUAAAAUAAAACCUUAUUUAAUUAUUUGUAAAAAUUGUAAAUAAACAUCUUUACAUCUCA